CAGACUCUCCGGGACCAACGUGCGGCUCCUCGACACGCCCCUGGGAAACAGGGUGCCCACGACCUGCGCAGUGACCAUGGCGCGCACCGUCCUCUCUCCUUCCCCGGCCACUGUGGCUCAGCAAUUGUCGGACUUGCUGCAAUGCUUCCCAGCCGCUGCCAUUGGGGGUGUACAGUGGAAGACGCUCUUGCAAAAGUACGAGGAGCGCCACAGCACGCGCUUGGACCUGAACGCGCUGGGCCAUGCCUCGCCCUUGGCGGCCACCACCACCCUCCUUUGGGAGGUGUUGCGCAUCGUUGACUCAGAAGAUGGAGACAACCCCGUGGUUGCCGUCGAGGAUUCCGUGGCUUUGGUGCCCAAGCCUGGGAGUGCCGCCUGCUGGCCAUCACUUUAUCAGGUGCUGUGCCACGUUCUUCGUGAGCACGGCGCGGUCGAUGAGGAGGGGCAGAAAGCCAUCCUGGUGUCCCAGCUGAAGCCUCUCUUGCAGCGGAACUGGCACAACACCUUUGAUGAGGCGAGCUUCGGGUAUUUGACGGAGGAGGGCUCUUCGGUGAAGAUGCGCAAGAUGAAACACCUCCUCCAGGCCUUGUUGCGUUGGCGGGGCCAGCGCUUAGCUUGGGGUGGACGUAGCAGUCGCCAGAUGCAGGAUGCGCUGGAGCACGAGCUAGAGCUUGUGCCCUCCAAGCGCCAUAACGACCUCCUGCUGCGACUCACGCCCGGCCCAAUGACCUCGGGACCGGUCUCCGUCGCAAUGACCCCAGAAAAGAUGAUGCCGAUCAGGUGCCCCAACAUCUUGCCGGAAGAUGAGGCCGCCGAGGCUUCGCCGGAUUGGUCCUCCAGGGCCUCGACUGGCUCGACCAUGUCCUCGGCGGUGCAUGAGGAGCUUGCCGCGUUGCGGGCUGAGAACGAGAAGCUGCGCAGCAGGAAUAUUGCAUUGGAGAGCACCAUCCGGGAUCAAGACUGCCCGUACCCUGCCCUGCCAGAGAACCUCUUUGACAACCCCUUCGAGCCUCCUCCGCAGGUCUGGCACAGCGCCUCGGCCUCCCCAACGGCCUCCACCGUGGCCCACAGCGGCUUCGGCAGCGAGGUGGGUACACCGAUGGGCUCCGGUUGUGUGACGCCUGUCCAGCUGGCGCCGGUCAGCCAAGCCAUCACGCUGGUUCCAAUGGGAUGGUUUGCCAUGGGUGACCGUGGGAUGAUCCCGUGCGGCUUAGUGCAGCAGGCACGUGCGGUCUUCGAACAGCACACGGCGAUUCCCAACUGGUUCACCGGGCAGUGAGGCCGAAGCUGGCCUUUUUGACAUGCCCGGGCACUGGUGGUGCCCGGUCUGGUGACGAAGACCGAAGACACUGGUGGCCAGUCCUGGUCAGGGCAUGAGCAGGUCAUCUGGGCAAUGAUGGACAUGGCA